CCAAGCGAAAUAAACAGUAUUUCGACAGGCAGCACACGAAAAAUGAAUGGGGCUAACAAAAGAACGCGAAGAAGCCGCUUGCAGGCAUUUAAAGCGGAGGAUAAAGUUAUGCUAAUCCACGCGGUGCAGAUUAAACCGAUCCUGUGGGAUACGAACCACAAGAAACACUUUCACGGACCACUGUUAAACCAGGCUUGGGAUAAAGUUGCUGUCGAAAUAAAUAGAGAUGUGAAGAGCUGCAAGGCUGCCUGGAAGUCAUUGAGGGACAGCUAUAAGUAUUUUCGCAACUUAAAACAGGAAAAAGGUGAAAAUUCGGAAGAAAAUUCCUCUGUGAAUUGGAAAUUUGCGGAAAACAUGGCCUUUUUGCCGAACCUAACCACAUCACAGCGGAUAAAGAGUUCUACGUUUACUAAGGAAGAGGCCUCAAAGGAUCAGAAUCAAGAUCAGGAACCAAAGUACUCGCAUCAAAAGGAUUUCUUGGACUCCAAGUUAUCGGGUUCCGAUGAAGAAGACAGUAUCCUAGAAGAAGUAGAAAACGAAUUAAACAACGGUUUAUCUGACAAUGAUUUAAGCGACAACUUUAAUGACACAAAUUGGCCUUCCAAAAAAAGGAGAUAUGAUCCUCCAUCGCCAGCGUCAUCGUCACCAUCACAAUCUCCAACUCCUGGUCAAAAAAUGUGCGAUAUAUUAAGUAAACUCCUCCAGAAUCAGCACCAAAAUCCGAAUGUUACGAAGAGACCUAUUUUCGACUACUGGGAGUCGCUUCUUAGUAAAAUGCCGCCAGAGAUCGCGGAUGUGGUUGAACAAAAGAUGACUAAACUUUUGUGGGCCGAACAGGCGGCUUUAAAAAAGUAG